CUCCGGGCGCAGCCGGCCGGGUGCUCUGGAGUUCCGCGCUUUGCCUGAGUUGGGUGCUUCCGGGAGCUGAGCUGCACGCCGAGGGGCUGCUCCCACCUCCUUGCACCGCCGGCCCGGCUCCAGAGUGUCAGAUAUGGACCUUCUUCAGUUCCUGGCAGCCUUCUUUGCCAUCCUGCUCCCUGGCACAGAAGUCACAGGCACCCUAAAGACCACUGUGGACCCAAGCCUCAAGAUUUACAAGAAGAUGUUUGAGGUGAAGCGGCGAGAGCAGUUGGUGGCACUGAAGAACCUGGCACAGCUGAACGACAUCCACCAGCAGUACAAGAUCCUUGAUGUCAUGCUUAAGGGACUCUUUAAGGUGCUGGAGGACUCCCGGACAGCGCUCACUGCCGCUGCUGUGCUCCCAGAUGGGCCCUUCCCCCAGGACGAGAAGCUGAAGGAUGCUUUCUCCCAUGUGGUGGAGAACACAGCCUUCUUUGGCGAUGUGGUGCUGCGCUUCCCAAAGAUUGUACACCACUACUUCGACCAUAAUUCCAAUUGGAACCACCUCAUCCGCUGGGGCAUCAGCUUCUGCAAUCAGACAGGUGUCUUUGACCAGGGACCCCACUCACCCAUCCUCAACCUGAUGGCCCAGGAGCUGGGGAUCACUGAGAAGGACUCUGACUUCCAGAACCCAUUUAAAAUAGACCGGACAGAGUUCAUUCCUAGCAAUGACCCUUUCCAGAAGGCCUUGAGGGAUGAAGAAAAACGCCGGAAGAAGGAGGAGAAGCGGAAAGAGCUCCGAAAAGGCCCAAGAAUCUCAAGAUCACAGUCUGAAUUGUAGCCCUGGAGCAGUGUGGGCCUCAGAGGCCGGCAAGAGGCCGGUCGGAAGAGGCAGUAGCCUUGUAGCUGUGCUGUAGCAGCAUCAAGCACCUUGGUGAGCACCAGCCACUUCCAGAUGGGGACCCUAUGUUUGCUGGGUCCUCAGAGGCCACGUCUGAGACCUGGCCAAAAAGACAGAGCUUUCAGGAUCUUAGGGCACACCAAGGGGGCCUUGAGAGGACACUGUUUUACAGACAGGACCAUGUAGGCAAACUGCUUGGGGGAGGCUGGUUGAAGGAACUCCUGGCCUGGAUCCCCUUGGUGAGGGCUGCAGGCCAGCUGCUGUCCUUCGUGAGGAAGCAGCAGGACCAGGCUCUGGGUUACAGGUGAAGGUGCCAUUCUUGCAGCUCGCCUCACUGUGUUCCUGGGCUGCCUGUUCACCGGUCUAGCUCUCUGCAGAGCAACACUAAAAGCCAGCAAGUCUGCCCUCACCAAGGCUGCUGAGGAGGCUGUAAGGGCAGCAGGAGCUUCUGGAGAUGCCAGAACCAGCCUGGAGUACAUUUCUCUCUCAUCAAGAGGGAGCCCCCAGCCUCUGCAGUGCAGAGAAGCAAGAGCUUGGUCUAGCCCUCCUACUGCUGCCCUUCAUAAGGGACCAGUUUGGAGAGGGAACCCAGAGGUGUCCUGGGAGGGUAUUUAUUUCAAGGAGAUGUUACAAGGACAUGACCUCUAUUCUCAGAUAACUGGGGACAGUCAUUGAGCUGGUUCAGGGGACAAUCAACUUGUUCUCUCUGCUGCUAAAAGAUCCUGCCUCUGUGUGGGGAGAGGCUAUGGGGGACAGGUUGCAGGAGGCUGUGCUUUGUAAUGGGGCUACUGUAGCUGGAUUGAUCAGUGGGCUUCCCAGUUCAAGGUUCAAGCAGAGUCCUGAGGCCACAGGGCAGGAAGCUGUGGAAAGAGUUAGGCCCUCAGAGGGCAGCCUGGUUUCUGACUCUCAAGGCAGGUGGCUGCUUUGGCUCCAUUGAAAUUACAGCGCCACCUCUUUGAUCUUGCCAAGCCACAAAGUAUUGCCUACAGGUGUGGAGACACAUCAUUUCUGCACCCCCCUCCAGCUAUACCCCUACCUUCAAGAACACUUACUGCUGACAGUGUUCAAGUGAGACCUGAGUCUUAGCCUGACUGACCUGGCCUGUCUCUGCCUCUCUGCCUUCCCCAUGCUGUGCCUUCCUUGGUAAAAUAAAUGUGAUGAUGUCCGAACCCUCUGCCAAGCACUAAA